AGCAACAAAGCGGAUUCGCAGCAGCAGCAUGGCCGACUACUACGACGUCCUCGGCGUGCCCAAGACUGCGUCCGCGGACGAGAUCAAGAAGGCCUACCGCAAGCUCGCCAUCAAGUACCACCCAGACAAGAACCCGGACAACCAAGAUGAGGCCGAGAAGAAGUUCAAGGAGAUUGGCGAGGCCUACUCGGUGCUCUCGGACGAAGAGAAGCGCACGACGUACGACCGCUUUGGGAAGGCCGGCGUCAACGGCCAGUCCAAUGGCGGUGGCAUGCACCCGAACUUCAACGCGCAGAACGCCGAAGAGAUCUUCCAAGCGUUCUUUGGUGGCCAGGACCCGUUCAACAUGUUCUUCCAGCAAGGCGGCAUGGGCGGCAUGGGCGGCCAGCGCGUCCACGUGUCCAACUUUGGCGGCCCGGGCUUUGCGUUCCAUUUUGGCGGUCCCGGCGGCAUGCGUGGGCGCCACCCAAUGCACCACGCCCGCCAGCGCCGCGAGCACGACGAGGCGCCACAACAGCAAGCCGUCGCGUCCGGCAUGGGCGGCGGGAACCUCCUCCUCGUCUUCUUGCUGCUCUGGAUGAUGGGCGUGCCGUUGAGCUACCUCUGGGUGCUCUUUAUGAUCUACAGCUACUUUGGGUCGCAGCUCGGCUGGUCGUAAACCCACGUGUAGUAUUUACUGUAGGAUAGAGUUUUAGGUACAUGCCAGAGUCGUAGAAUCGUUUCCACACUCGCUGCUUGUCUUCGAC